AUCAGAGGCGGACCACAGAAAGUGCUUCAGUAGUCGUCGGCAGAAAAUAUUUGCAAGGUACAGACCCACGUACUGCCCAUGGCCUUGAACUUCAAACGAGCAGACAGGAAGAUCAACAAACAACAAGUCAAAAUUCAGAUCGGACACAUGCUAACGUUGUAAACAUUCCAAAGACAG